CUGUCUUACGUCAGUAUUCUCCCACCAGCAUGACUAAUGCAUAUAACCUGGUGAAGGACAGGGGUGUCUCUGUAUACAUGGCUGCUAAAUUACAUGGUGUCCCAACUUCAACCUUGCGUGAUAGAGUUGACAAUAGAGUCUCUAUUGAAACUGUUAAGUCUGGACCAGAGCCAGUGUUAACCUUAGAGGAAGAAGCCAAACUUUGUGCUCAUCUGAAGGAGUUAGCAGAGGUAGGUUAUGGAUAUACCCGUGCUGAAACAAUAGCAUUAGCCUCUGACUAUGCAGUUGCACUUGGAAAAAGAAAUGUUGACAAUCCCUUCAGCAUGAAAUGGUUUUAUGGUUUCAUGAAGAGGUGGCCGGAGCUGAAUGUAGUUCGUCCGUCUAGUUUGUCAGAGCAACGUGCAAAGUGUGCCAGUGAUACAUGUAUUUACAAUUAUUUCUGUGAACUUAACAGAAUAGUCAGCAAGUAUGCCCUAAGUGAUAAACCACAGAAUAUCUAUAACAUUGACGAAAAGGGUAUCAAUACGGAAUUUAAACCACCUAAUGUAGUUGCAGGUAAAGCAUCCAAGCCACAAGCUAUCAUGGCUGAACGUUCAAAAACUGUGACUGUCAUUGGUGGAGGAAAUGCUUUGGGCCAGAGUAUUCCACCAUUUUUUGUCUUUCCAGGGAAAGACUUGUAGAUGGUCUUAUGGACGGUAAAACUCCAGGCGCUGAUGGUGUUAUGACCAAAACAGGCUGGUCAAAUACUGAUGUGUUUAGAAAAUAUCUUAAAGAUCACUUUGUUAAGUUUGUUCAGGGUAGAGAUAUGUCUGAUACUAUUCUUGUUCUUUAUGACGGUCACAGAAGCCAUCUGUCUGUUGAUCUGAUUGAAUGGGCCCAAGAUAAUAACAUUGUUCUGUUUGUUUUGCCACCACACACAUCCCAUGUCCUUCAGCCAAUGGAUAUUGGUUGUUUCGGACCUCUUCAACUGAAGUACAGUCAAGAGUGUACCACUUUUGCACGUCUUAACCACAGGGUCGUAACCAGGUAUGAUGUGUGUGGUCUUGCAUGCAAAGCCUAUGCAGCCGCUUUGAACCCCAUUAACCUACAGUCUGCAUUUAAAAAAGCAGGUAUCUUCCCCCUGUUGGAUGGUAAGACCAUGUGUGAGUCUCUGGGUACUAAAACAAAACCUUCAAUGCUUUAUAGUUGUACAGAAAAUGAUAAGGAUAUAGCUUUACCAAACAAUGAGCAUAAUGAAACUUCAGUUAAUGACACAAAUGGUGGUAAGGAUGAAGCCUUGCAGGUACCUGAACAGUUUUUUAGUAAACAUAAAGGUGUUGUAGUUCAGAAGGUAACUAAAAAAAGAAGAAAUGUUAACAAUAUUGUUGGUGGAAAGGCACUUGAAGGUGACACUGUUGAAAAACUAAUGAAGUACCACCAAGAAUCUGUAAAGCAAAAACCCCAUGAAUGUAAAUCUGUAAAAUCAAAACAAUCUGUAAAACAAAAGAAGGUUUCAAAAAAGUUGAGCAAACCUUUCACUGAUUUGUCACAGACUGCAUGCAAACCACUUCCAGGACCAUCACAUAUAAAUUUAGCCUGUGAUAGCAGUUCUGUUGCAAGUAACUCUCAGACUGACUCAUCUGAUGAAUCUGAGGUUUGCUGUGUAUGUAAACAUUUUUAUGUACCUCGUGAAUUAAGAGAUGGAACUCUGUGCAUUACCCAGUGGGCCCAGUGUGAUGUAUGUGAUCACUGGGUUCACUUGAAAUACUGUACUCCUGUGAGAGUUGUAAGGAAAAAUACUGAAUUCAAGUGUAAAUGUUGUUUGUAAAGUAUAUAAUAUGAAAUGUGUGCAUCAGAAAUAAAAUAUUAAUAGGUCAAACAUCACUAGGUUAAUUAUCGUAUUUUAAUCUGAAACAAAUUUGCAUUUCCAGUACUGUAUGGUAUAGCAUUUUACAGAUCUAUAAAUAGCUCGAGAACAGGUGACGCCAUUUUGGAAGCUGAUUGUAAACAUGCCUUUACAGUUCAUGUGUUCCUGGUCUGAAAUUCGAAUAAGGCAUGCUUUUUGUGGUCUAUAAUAAGAAAUCAGAUAUUAUAUGAUUGUCUGAACUAGAAGGUUUCCCUGCUGAAGAAGCUUUCUGGCAAUAGCAAUAUACAGUAGACUGAAGUCUUCAACAUGACUACCAGCUCUUGCAAAUCUGAUUAGCUGUGAAACAUAAAUCCCAUAAUAUAUGGCACGGAGAACACCUCCAUCAAGGGCUUCUUAUUUGAAUACAUCUCAACCACAGUACAGAUCAGUUGUUGUAGUUCUUAGAACCCGUACCGCUGAAUACAAGCUGGAGCCCAGUGACUUUCUACUAAUUAAAUAAUACCACAUAAAAUUAAUACGUGAUGUAUUACAUGACUGACUUGAAGCUGGACAAGCCGAAAGUCCAAAAUCAGUCCAACCAAAGAGGCGAGAGAGGGCAAGGUAAACAAUGUGUUAAAAUAAUUUGACUAGGUGUGCUGACUAGAAACCAUCAUUAUGGAGAACCAAAAUGAAGUAGCAAUAGUAGAAAGAUUAACAGACUAUGCGAUCAAUAAGUAACGUGUGCUUUGCGCACACUGGAAUAAAGAAUGCAUAUGCCUAUGUGAGAGGUGCACAAUAAUGAUACAUAAGAACGAAAUUCGUAAAUAUAGAUACAAGUGAGACAAGAAUACACAAGUGCUGACGAUGCUGUCCUGUGUGACCAUACCCCAAUGAUCACAGUUAACAAGCAAUGAACUUACAAUAAACGUCAUUGUACUCAGAUCGAAAUAAAUGGAUUGCAUAAGGUACAAGGUAAAACAAUGAUGUCACAUAAGAUGCAAGGUACACAGUAGCUAUACAACACAUGUGAUGUGACAAAGAUACUAUGUGAGCAAAAACUGAUAAUACUUUUUGGCAAAAAAAUUCAUCAGGGUACAUAUGCGAUCCGUAACAAAAAUCCGUACUAAAGUUUUCUGUCAGUACAACCCCAAUGUUCACUUGCACUGAACAACGUAAAACCUGUUCACAUGAACAACGAUAACGUAUGAUUGGUGAAAGUACAGUUUGUGUCGGCAGUAACAUGACAUGGCACAAAUUAAGUUUGAUAAACUGCAAACCAGAAAUCUGGGGUCAUAUACAAUUAAGAAAUUUAGUAAAAUUGUAUAUGUAUUAACUGACUACAUAAGACGGUCAAUAAUAAACAUAGGAACAUCUAAAAGUUUGCUGAUAUAAGCAUAUAUAUAUAGAGAUAAAACAAAAGAAUGCGGUGCUGACCAAAAUUUAAGUAAAUGUGACAACCUUUACAACUACCAGUGUUUAUAGUUACUUCGUGAACAGUGAUAAACAUACAAAAAGUAAAUCGUUAAAGAAAGACUUCGACUUUGCUGACGUACUUAUUCAAGCCAGUUGGCAAGAUCCCGCCCACUGGAGCAGUUCAGCAGACGUCGGAGGGCACCCACAGGAGAAAAUAUCUCACUAGAAAAUAGAAAUGGAAAAAUGUAGUUGCACUUUCAAAUCUAUAGAUUCGCUUACUGUGUACAUGCUUUAGAAAAUGUAAAUUAUCUCAGAUUCUAAUUCUGAUAAUGAUUAAGAAAUUCUCAAUUCUGAGGGCAGUUCCUACAAUUAAUCACCUUGCUCAUGAAAAUCAGCCUUUAGAAUUAGGAUUUUUCUUAACAUAAUUACUAGAUGGUCAAACAAGACAUUAAUUUGUUAAAAUAACACUUUGAAUAGACGACAACUACCGAUUCACUAAAAUUUGUUCAAACAUGUAAACAAAGGCACAACAUACAGAGAUGUUCAGCUCAUCUAAGGCAUUGAAAACGACAUCCUAUGUUAUUGGUCUUACCAAGUGGUAUAGUCAAUGUAAACAAUUACCACUCCUGCAUAAUGCUGGCCCAAAACUACUCUUUUCUUUUCAUUCAAGAUACGCCUUUGCUGACUCCUUAAAGCCAUCAUAUUAAGAAAAGGUUACUAGUUACUAGCAAUAUAAUACUGGCUCAAAACCCACUUCUCAAUUAUAAUAAAAAAGGGUCAUCUGGUGAAAGUUAAUACAAACUAAGCCAAAGUCGGCGUUGAAGUAUUUCAACACUUACAAACUAGCAUCUAAAGUUAUAUAUUAAUUGAUGAUGGAUACCGGUACUUACAUUCGAAGCUUGAUUAUCUCUUUUACCUUCAAGUUUGUUUCUUUUGAGAUGCAGUGCAUCUAACCCACUUCACCAAAUUUCAGUUAUGUCAAAACACAUUACUAGAAUUUGGUACAUAAGCCCAAUGUAAAUAUUUUUAAGGUGUAAGGGGAGUCCCUUUCACAAAAAAAAAACGUCGUCUGCAUCCUUCUGGAAAUGGUACCUUAACAAUCUCUUUAAGUCUUGUUGCAUUAUCCUGACUGCUUUUAACUUAGCCUGUGAUAUGCUACAUGUGAUAUCAGCAUUAUUUUCACAUCCCUUAAGAUGAUUCUACUGCUUCCUUAGAAUGCAGCCUAAAUUCUAAACUAAAGAAGAAAUUGCUACCCGAAUAAAGCAAUUAUUAAAAUAAUUUGAAGAUCAUAAUUAUACGCAUUUUUUAGUUUUUAAAAAAUGAAUAAAUAAAUAUCUAUAUACAUGUAUUUAAUUUUUUACUUUGACCGCCUUAGUAAAUGAUUGUUGCUUUUGUACAUUACUAAAUCAUUAAAUUAAACAUGCAAAAUUUAACAUAUAUUGCUUAUAUUUUUGUUUUGUUUUUGUUUGAAAGACAACAACUUCUCAUUCAGUUUGUCUCAUAUAGCUUAUAUAGGAUUUUGUUCGUUGGGUUUGAUAAUAAAUUGCAUCGGUUGAUCUGUGACCCUCAUGUUGAGGGCUGUUUGUACAUUGUGUUAAUGUAAUUACUAUCUUGUGCUGGUAUUUCUUAAAAACAUGCCAUCUUGGCUCCCCGGGUCAUUUGCAAUGACGCUUUUGGCUACCUUUAUAUGUUGGCCGCUGUCGCAGUGAGCCGCUGUCGCAUUGUCCUAUGAUGGGACAUUAUAUUGUUGUGGUACCUCUGCAGCCAUCUGCAAUGUCCAUUUAUGCACUAUGUGCUUUCGUAGUGGCUGGCCCAUAUUCAUAUAGAUUGCUCAAAAACUAAUAUAUCUGCCUCUACAAUUGGCAGCGAUUGUUAUUUCUUCCAUAUUGUAAUUCGUAUAUACAUGUACAUUGGUGUUGGCACUGAUUGUUAUUAAUACCGCACUGUACAUAGUACAUGUUGUCACACGCCAAGUGCCUGUGUAGCAGCAAGGGAACAGUAAGGAAACUUUCAAAACAAGAAAAUGCAUUUAGGUUGUUCAAUUUUAGGAAAAACUAUUAUCGAAGAACACAUUCGCCAUCAUCUGAAACUACAUUGGGCAGUAUUGUUACUUUAUUGAUCCUUUGUCAAAAGAGGUUGGGUAAAAGAUACAUUUCACAGGAAUAUAUUUUCACGCCUUUAAGAUGGAGUGUGUUCAAAGGUACUUAGGACUGAAAUUUGGAUUGAUGUGCUAUAAAUGUAAAUACAUUGCGUUUGGACAUACCAGGAUGUACAUUAUGAUGACUGAUACCUGACAUAUCGGGGUGUGUGUUAGGUAGCUAACAUAUAAGUUAUCUUAGCUUGUAUACUAGAUGUUAUUGUUGUUCCAACGUUUAGUCGUUACAUAAAAGUUUAAUUCAA